GUGCAAUUUUCUCAAAAACAACUUUGUAAAAUGCUAUAAAUUCAUGCAUUUUUAGUUAACUGGACUCAAAAUCAGAAUAAAACUUCCAUAAGAAAAUAUCUUUAUACACUAUUUCAGUAUAUAAACGGCAUAAAGACGCAAAAACACAGUGUGACGCCAGAAGCAGUAUCUGAAGUGAAGGUUUAAUCACCAUGUCUGGUCAACCCACAACAAUCAACCUGUCAAACUGGAGGAUAGAAGAUGUGGUUGGGGGGCUCGCAGCUGACUUUGAUGGAUCUAUGUCUGGGCUUGGAGUGGAACUGGGGGGUAACUCCACUGCUUAUAACAUGAGUGAAGCCCUGUUAGCACUGCCAGUAUUCAAGCAGGAGAAUAUGGAAAAUGGGUACCAAUACAUCAUGAGUGCCGCUACCUCACCAGCAACAAAGCUCAAUGAAGAGACACUCACAUAUUUGAAUCAAGGUCAGUCAUAUGAAGUGAAACUGAAAAAACUAGGAGAAGACUGUCCAGGAAAACUAUAUAGGAGUGUGAUCAAGGUGGCAUUUCACGAUCGUCGUCUUCAGUACAUGGAGAAAGAACAAAUUGACAACUGGAAGUGUACUCGACCUGGGGAUAGACUCCUUGAUAUAGAUAUUCCUCUAUCGUAUGGCUUGAAUGAUGUCAGAUUGGAUGCAACACGUCUGAACGCUGCUGAAUUUAUAUGGGAUCCCUCAAAGCCAACAGGCAUAUACAUACGGAUACAUUGUAUAAGCACAGAGUUUACACCUAAGAAACAUGGUGGAGAGAAGGGGGUGCCAUUCCGUAUACAAGUAGAGACUUACACGCAUACUGACCCUCCUGAGUUGCUUCAUUGCGCCUCAUGUCAAGUUAAAGUCUUUAAGCCUAAGGGAGCAGAUAGAAAACACAAAACUGACCGAGAAAAGAUGGGGAAGAGGUCGGAAGCUGAAAAAGAAAAAUAUCAACCCUCCUAUGAAUGUACGGUGCUUACAGAGGUGCCCCUUGAUAUGGUGCAGCCCAAUGAAAGACUUGGUGCACCUCUAUUCUGUGACAACCCCAGUCCAGUGCAGAGUCCAGGACCUUCCCCAUUGGCCCCCAUACCUGGCCCAUCCACAAGUUUUUCUGGCAAUAGAUCUCCAAGUUUAAAUUCUUUAGAAGCGAACUACAAUCCAAGUCCCCAAGAAUCCACUGCUGAACUACUUAUAACUCCAUUAUCUCCAGACUUUAAUUCUGCUCAGGUGGCCAGCUGGAUGCAGCAAAACAGAUUCAAUAAUUAUAUUAAGGUAUUCCAAUAUUUCUCUGGUGCAGACUUGUUGAGACUGACUAGGGAUGACCUCAUACAGAUUUGUGGCCUCGCAGAUGGCAUCAGGUUGAACAAUGCUCUCCAGCUGAAAGCAAUACGUCCUCGUCUCACAAUAUAUGUCUGUCAGGAGUCUGAACAAGUUUAUCAUGCAGUGUAUCUGGAGCAUCUGUCAACUGUGGAGAUCACAGAAAAAUUUGCUGAGCUCUUUAGUAUCACAUCAGACAAGAUUGUAGACAUUUAUGCCCAGGGACCUUCAGGAAUACACAUAUUAGUCACAGAUGAGGUGCUACAAAACAUUACAGAUCAAUCAAGAUAUGCCAUAGAAACUAUAAAAGCUGAUCAAGGGGAUAAUUAUAGAAUAUUGUUGAAAUGUAUGGACCAAUGAGGCCCAGUGUGAUAAAUAUACUACUCACUCAUUGGACAAUAUGGUACCUCACUACACAGCCCCCAAUUGCUUUGAAAUGUAUGAACCAAUGAGGUCCAGCGUGACAACUAUACUUCUCACUCAUUUGACAAUAUGGUACCUCACUACACAGCCCUCAAUUGCUUUGAAGUGUAUGGACCAAUGAGGCCCAGCGUGACAACUAU